AUGGCGUGGUUCAUAAGCUGGAAGAGCCUGAUCAUGAUGUGGGCGGGCGGCCCGCUCAUGAUGGUCACGGCUUGCUUAGCCGCGUACUGCUACUGCACGUAUCCGCGCAAGAAAAAAAAGCCCAUCAUCCCGCGUCAGACGAGGUCUGAUGAGCCGCGUGGCUGGAUCUUUCGUCUCCCCGCGCCACUUCGCCGCCGCGCGGUCCCGCACGCCGGCAUCGGGAACGCGCUCUCGUCCGCCGCCCGGACGGUCGCGUCCGGGUUCGUCGCCGCGCUCUCCGCGUUCAUCAGAGCGCGUCCGCUCGCGCGCGCCGGGAAGCCGUCAUCGUCGCCGACCGCGUCUUCGACGUUGGCUUCGAAGAAGAAGAAAAAAACAAAGAAGAUCGUUUCUUCGUCGUCGUCCGCCGCCGCCGCCGCCGCCGCGUCGAUGGGUAUAAAGAAGACGUCGGCCGCCGACGCGACGACGACGCCGCCGCCGGCGCAUGAGAAGGAGAAGGACAAAGCCGCGGGGGGGUACCACUACUGGCACGAGCAGGCGAACCAGGGGACCGCGCCGAGGGCGCAGCCCGUGAAGCUCUCCGAGGAGGAAGCGAAGAAGCUCGAGUCUCAGGCGCGUUCUGUUAUUACACCGGGAAGCGUCGGCGGCGGCGUCUCGUCGUGGAACAGAGACGGGACGACGUGGGAGGAGCGCGGGCACACGGACUGGGCGAGAGCGCGCGUGGAAGAGCUCGUGCUCGGGAAGAUGGUGAAGUGUAACGGCGGCGGAGAGUGCGUUAUCACCAAAGUGAAGACGUUCGACGGCGACGCCACGGUGGUGCUCGUCCGCGGGAAGAACCGCCACGGGUUCGACUUCGACGCGACGUUCGAAUGGGAGGCGACGUUCCCGGGAGUACCCUCGGCGAAGAAGAAGAAGACGAAGAAGCCGAAGCCGCCGCCGCUGGACGCGGAGGAAGAGGAAGAGAAGAAGAAGGAUGAAGAGGAGGAGGAGGAGGAGGAGGAGGAGGAGGAGGAGGAGGAGGAGCCGGCGCCGAUCGUCGUGAAGGGGACGAUGCGCGUCCCGGAGGCGAGCCGGGACACCGUGGAGGACGACGAGGUAGAGUACGAGGUCAAGGUGAAGGAUCGCAAGACGGAGCACAGGAGCUUGGAGGACGCGGCGUACGCGGCGCUGAAAACGCCUGCGUUUCGGGCGUUUUACCACGAUACGUUCGCGACGAUCGAUAAGGAGCUGCUCGCGCGCGCGAACCUGUAGCCGCGGCGGCGGCGCGAAGAUCCGCGAGAAUUGGUUUAUUUUUUCGAGGGAACGCGCGCGCGAGCCGCGACGACGAACGCACCUAUUGUGUAUUACACGUUCCACGUUUAUUCU